UCAUAGGCUGGGAGAGAAAAGGCUGAGAAACUUGACAUUGUCUUGGGCAGAGUGCGUGUAGCCGCAGAUCAAAGAAAAAGAGGACGAAACGUGCUCUUUGCUGCCUGUGGAUUUCGCCGGCUGCUUUUGUCUUGCGGGCUUCUGGAGGGGUUUGGCGUUUCCACUCUGAAGACCGCGGCGUGGGCUUCGCUGCAGCUCGCUCCCUGCCGGAUGGGUCAUGGAAUUCUAAACAUGAGGCAGAUAGCUGAUCAGCUUCCUUGGAUUUUGCUGAUGACACAAGAGAGCUUCGCCUGAAGAUGGAAACGCUGGAGUCGGAGCUGACCUGCCCUAUCUGUCUGGAGCUCUUUGACGAUCCUCUCCUGCUACCCUGCGCACACAGCCUCUGCUUCAACUGCGCCCACCGCAUCCUGGUGUCACACUGUGCUACCAACGAGGCUGUAGAGUCCAUCACCGCCUUCCAGUGCCCCACCUGCCGGCAUGUCAUCACGCUCAGUCAGCGAGGUCUAGACGGGCUCAAGCGCAACGUCACUCUGCAGAACAUCAUCGACAGGUUCCAGAAAGCAUCCGUGAGCGGGCCCAAUUCCCCCAGCGAGACCCGUCGGGAGCGGGCCUUUGACGCCAACACCAUGACCUCUGCCGAGAAGGUCCUCUGCCAGUUCUGUGACCAGGAUCCUGCCCAGGACGCUGUGAAGACCUGUGUCACUUGCGAAGUGUCCUACUGUGACGAGUGUCUGAAAGCCACUCACCCGAACAAGAAGCCCUUUACAGGCCAUCGUCUGAUUGAGCCAAUUCCGGACUCACACAUCCGGGGGCUGAUGUGCUUGGAGCAUGAGGAUGAGAAGGUGAAUAUGUACUGUGUGACCGAUGACCAGUUAAUCUGUGCCUUGUGUAAACUGGUUGGGCGGCACCGCGAUCAUCAGGUGGCAGCUUUGAGUGAGCGCUAUGACAAAUUGAAGCAAAAUAUAGAGAGUAACCUCACCAACCUUAUUAAGAGGAACACAGAACUGGAGACCCUUCUGGCUAAACUCAUCCAAACCUGUCAGCAUGUUGAGGUCAAUGCAUCACGUCAAGAAGCCAAACUGACUGAGGAGUGUGAUCUUCUCAUUGAGAUCAUUCAACAAAGACGACAAAUAAUUGGAACCAAGAUUAAAGAAGGGAAGGUGAUGAGGCUUCGCAAACUGGCUCAGCAGAUUGCAAACUGCAAACAAUGCAUUGAGCGGUCAGCAUCACUCAUCUCCCAAGCAGAACACUCUCUGAAGGAGAAUGAUCAUGCCCGUUUCCUACAGACAGCUAAGAAUAUCACUGAACGAGUUUCCAUGGCAACUGCAUCUUCCCAGGUCCUAAUUCCUGAAAUCAACCUCAAUGACACAUUUGACACCUUUGCCUUAGAUUUUUCCAGAGAAAAGAAGUUGCUAGAAUGUCUGGAUUACCUUACAGCUCCCAACCCUCCCACAAUUAGAGAAGAGCUCUGCACAGCUUCAUAUGACACCAUCACUGUCCACUGGACCUCCGAUGAUGAAUUCAGUGUUGUAUCCUAUGAGCUCCAGUACACCAUAUUCACUGGACAAGCCAAUGUCGUUAGUCUGUGUAACUCGGCUGAUAGCUGGAUGAUCGUGCCCAACAUCAAGCAGAACCACUACACAGUGCACGGCCUACAGAGUGGCACCAAGUACAUCUUCAUGGUCAAGGCCAUCAACCAGGCAGGCAGCCGCAGUAGCGAGCCUGGGAAGUUGAAGACAAACAGCCAACCAUUUAAACUGGAUCCCAAAUCUGCUCAUCGAAAACUAAAGGUGUCUCAUGAUAACUUGACAGUAGAGCGUGAUGAAUCAUCGUCCAAAAAGAGUCACACACCUGAACGCUUCACUAGCCAAGGGAGCUAUGGAGUAGCUGGAAAUGUAUUCAUUGACAGUGGCCGGCACUACUGGGAAGUAGUCAUAAGUGGAAGCACAUGGUAUGCCAUUGGCCUUGCUUACAAAUCAGCCCCGAAGCACGAGUGGAUUGGGAAGAACUCUGCUUCCUGGGCACUCUGCCGCUGCAACAAUAACUGGGUGGUGAGACACAAUAGCAAGGAAAUCCCCAUCGAGCCAGCUCCCCACCUCCGGCGUGUCGGCAUCCUGCUGGACUAUGAUAAUGGCUCCAUUGCGUUUUACGAUGCUUUGAACUCCAUCCACCUCUACACUUUCGAUGUCGCCUUCGCGCAGCCUGUGUGCCCCACCUUCACCGUGUGGAACAAGUGCUUGACGAUUAUAACUGGUCUUCCCAUCCCAGACCACUUGGACUGCACAGAACAGCUGCCAUGAGCAACUGGCCACAUGGAGCUGUUUUCUGGGAAUAGAAAGGUUUGAAGCCUUCAUUUAGGGGACUGAGAAAGUACAGGCUUCAAGAGUAUGAUUAAAUCUCAUCAAAAAAUGUCCAGAAACCAGCAAAGAUGGGCCUCAAAACAGGAGAUUACUCUCCUUUUACUGUGUUUUGUAUUAAGUACAGGCUUUAAUGAUUUCUUUAAUUUUUUUGUAUUUAGAGGAAAAUCUAUAGAUUAUUUAUAAAAAGAAACAUAAUCAGGAUUAUAGCUCUUAGGAAUUACUUGGUUUUGCACAUAAAGAAGCCCAUAAGUUUACCAGCUCUUUACAACCUUUAUUUCAUCACAGUUUAUGGGCUUGCAAACAGAAUAUUUUGUAGUUUUGUAUGUUGAUUCACCUUCUCACAUAAUAUAUCAUACCAAUCUAUGGGAGCUCCUGUCACCUUGACUGUGCAUAGAAUAGGUUUGAACCUAGUAGGGAAGUAAACCAGCUUUCUUCCUCAGGUUUAAUUUGAAGUGUUUUAACUGUGAUGUUCAAAGCUUGUGUUGGAUCAGCUAGAAUAGAGAGCAGAGAGAAAAAGAAUUGACUUUGGACCUCACGCUAUGCAGCAGCUAGAUCUUUAAUAACCCUCUAAUGGUCGAUUUGGCCAUAUUUUGCUCUGCUUCUCCCAGGGUUAAGGAUUCUCAAAGAACAUUAAGAAUGAGAUUGCAAUAGAAAAUAGUCACAUCGAACCCUACUGGUUAUUCAGAAAUUUAGGCUGGUUUGUGAUUGAAAAAUUUAAAGAAAGUGAUUGAAACACAAGUAGGAUUCUGUUUUAUAACAUCUAUUCCAUCCUUCCUUUUAGUAGUUCCUUUAGGCCUCAGAAAUUCCUUCACUGCAUUUAAUAGUGUUCCUAUUUUUCCCUCUCCCAAAUCAAUUUCACUUUUGUCUCUGGGGUUGAGGAAACAAACAUGUUCCAUCACAAAUGACAGCACCACGCCAGUUUGGUUUUGCUCUAUGGGACAUGAGCACAUGGCUUUGAUCACCACUCCCAUGUACAAAUGCAAGUCACCAGAAAACACUUAAUAUUUAUGAGUUGGUAAUGAUAAGGGACAUUGCAUAAAGUACUAUUCACUAGACACACACCUCAAAAGUUAUUAUACCAAGACCUUUAUUAAGCAAAUCUUGAAAGAUAGAAGUCCCUCUGUAGUCUAGUAUAGUUGACCAUAGAGUUGUAAGACAAACAAACCAAAAAAAGGCAAACUUACUAUUUCCACACUGGAACCUACUACUAAAGUUUCAGAUGGUAUUCUUCACAUGGAUCUGACCAUUGAAAUGGUCUGUAAAUUAAGACUUUCUGGAGUGGUCCUUGAACUGAAGCUCUGGCAUUAGUUCUACCUUGACAAAGGGUGUGACCCCUCUAAAUCGUUUCAAUUGCCAAAAUAUUUAUCUGAGCUACUGGGUUGUCCAUUUGAUGAACAGACUGUUGAGGUUAGGCAUUGUCUGUAGUGACUUCAUUUUUAGCCAAAUCAACCAGUUGUUUCUCUGAAAUGAGUCAAUAGACCCAUUGUUGCAGCAUCACUUGGCCAAAGCAAAUGUGGUUGCGAAUCUGGACUUCAGGAAGGCCAACCAACCGCUUCCCACAUCCUUCUUUCCUCUUCCCUGGCAGACGCUCUCCUUUUUCUUAACAGAUAGAUUCUAUAUAUUUAAUAUAUUAUUUAUACCCAGAUGAAUAUUUUGAUAGCUACUUAAGACAGUUUCACAUCUAAAAGAUUGACACCUCAAUAGAAAAAAAAUUAAUCAUUCUCUGGAAACUUUAUAAGAUUUUUAAAAAUAUACAAUGUGUGUUUGCCUUUCCUAAAUAAACUGAAAGGGUUGUCUCAGUAGUUUUUACAUACAUUUUGGAUAACUGGAUAAUGGAUAUUUUAAUGCACUUUGUACACUAACAGGUUUUAAUAAAAGGGUCUAAAAACUCAGCUUCUGAGUUUUUAAAAUUAUGGUCUCCAGGUACCAAUAAAUGCUAUAGUUUGCCUUAUGAUGUUAACAUAAAACAUUUACUAAAAGGACAUUAUUUCCAUAAAUAUAAUGUUUUUCAAUAUAAAGAAGUUACUGCUCCAAUUUUCACUGCAAGCCAUUUAGGGUAUGUUUUGGCUAUUUUUAUAAGGACCAGAGAGAUGAUGUUGUAAUUUUGUUGUGGAAGUUCAC